AUUAAAGUACAAUUAUCAAACUCAGAAAAAGUUGAACAACCUACUCAGUUUGAUACCGCAUAUGAAGUCUUAAAUGACUGAGGUAUGCUACUUGCAAAGCAUUAGGUGUGUUCGACUUAACGCAGCGCUGCGCAGUUCGAUCAAAUUCUGACUUGAAGCAGUGCAUGCCGGUUAGAAAUUUUGUCCGACUUGAGGCGGCGCCGACGCCUCGUGACUGUCACGUGUGGCAUCAAAGUACCGCGAUAGCAGUUCGAGAGCAGCCGACUAACUCAGCCGGCGCAGUUUCUUCAGAGCGGCUGCAGGAGCUCUGAUGACCACAUGGCUGUUUCACGAUUGGCCAGAUUCACCGCAUGACAACGAUCACGUGUGUUUUGGGUUUAUUCUAACAUCCUCAAGUCCGAUAAUGCUGACAAAUCUGCGUUUUUAGAACAAUAAAAGUGUUUUUACUGUAGUCGCAAUGUUAUAUUGAGUCAGAUCUAUCAUAAAACACGGAUAAAAGCAUAUAUGACCCCACUUUAUUAGUAUUUAAAUAGUAUAUGUUUAUGUUGAUCAUUAUUCUUGUUCAGAUGGCGCUGUAUUAAGCAGUAUAUGAAACGUGUUUCUGUUGCUCAUGAAAACACUUUUGAAAAGUCUGUGUAUUUGAUAAAUAUUGCAUUUAAUUCACUUCAUCUGUGAUAGAGCACGCAAACACCGCGAGAGCUUCACUAACGAGAGUAGAAAGUGUCCGACUUGACGCCUCCGUUUUCAACUCCGCCCCCGACUGCUCUCGGCUACUCUCGUUGAUCGCCAUCUGUAGCCGUAGAUGAAGUCGAACACACCUAUUGAGACGCUUGCCUCCUUCGAUUUAAACUACAUCUCCCAUGAGCCUUUCAGCUGAAGCUUACUUCCGGUCGAUACAGGAAGUGCGGCUAUAGUGUAAACAUGAAGCGGAUUACUCGUCAUGCCUGUAAUGAUGUGCCCAUCCCUGAAGAACAGGAAACAGAAGGCCAAAGACAGCUACACAAUCUGCUGCUACAGCAGCUAGAUACAGAUGUAAACAUUGACCGGUGUGUUGCUAAGAAGAAAUGCUUUGCUCCAGCAGCAGUAUACAAGCCUUUUGGGGAACAAGCAGCUGGUGUAAGGAGUCUGUCCCAGUUCCAGGCCUUGCAGGACGGGGAUCAGGAACUGGCCGCUUUAAGAGAGCUGGGUCUUACAGAUGCUGAAAUAGAGGUGUGGAGAUGCAGGGAUCAACCAGAAAGCUCUUGGAAGGACAGAGGGGUUUGCGUGGCACCUGAGGUGAGGAAUGAGCGCCUGCAGGCCAUCCGGAAUAAAAUGGCAGCACAUGCAGAGCUGCUGUCCCGUCCUCAGCGGUUCUCAAGCAGUCGGCCACUUUCCCGUAGGGAGAUGGAAAUCGAAAAGGCUCUUUUUCAAGGCAGUGACCGCUGCAGCUUUCUCACUGCCCUUUACCAUAGAGAGGAAGAGUCGCCAGUCAGCCAGCAGGGGGAGACAUCUGCCAACGCAAUGGACCAUUUCUAUAAAGACUUCCUUGAAGACCAGAACAAAAACAAAGAGUGUUUGCCUCAACCAAAAAUUGCCACUGAUAUUCAGUGUAAAUCACCAAUCUCUAAAACAGACCAAACACCCACAGUCCAUGAUUCCAGCCCGACCAAAGAUGAACACAAAUGCACAGAACCAAGCCCUGUGUCAGACACUGUUAGCCAACCACAGUCUCAAGAAAAAAUUGUUAUACCUAUGAAAGUGACAUUAAGCCAGUCCAUCGGCACACUAAGUGCAGCUUCUGCCCAAGGCCGUGAUGGGCCUCUCACAGUAAGUGGAAGGAUAGAAGAAAUUUCAGAUGAAGAGAUCAAGAAAAAUCGGGAGACAGAAGAGGGCAUACGGAAUAUUCCUCGAUUUAAGAGCUACCAGAGAGGAAUGCCAUCUAAUGUCCUGUGCGUGAAGAAUAUGAGUCCACGAGCAUCACUGGCUCAGAUGGUUUCUCUCUUUUCGAGGUUUCAGAAAGACGACACACAGCCCAUUCUGUACCGCUUGCUGACUGGCCGACUCAAGGGCCAAGCUUUCAUUACAUUCCCUGACGUCAAAAGUGCCCAAGCAGCUCUAGACUUGUUAAAUGGCUACAAGUUGCUUGAAAAGCCACUGAUCAUUGAGUUUGGCAGAGAGAGAAAAAAAGAAACAGAUGCACAGACUGAUGGACCCUCUGUAGAUCCCAAAACCCAUUCAAUAAAAAAGGACUAAACACCCUGCAACGAGAAAACGGUAUUUAAUAGGCAUUGAGUAUUUGUAAAUAUUUUUUGAUUAAAAAAACAUUUUAAAUGAUGAAUUUCAUGUGCUGUUUAUUUUAAAAUGAAGUCGCGCUGUCAAUCUCAGUCUGUUCUCAAAACAAGCGUCUCAUAAGAUAAAUGUAAUUCUUCGGUUCACCAACAGAUGUCACCAUUUCUCCAUUACUUAAUACAAGAAAAUGCAAAAUUUGAAGACAAAAAUGCUAUGAUUACACAUUAGUGUUCUAGAUUAUAUUCCAGGAUGAUUCUACAAUCACCAGCAGCAGCGUAAAACUGUACUCUAACUGUUAGCAUGUGUAGACGCUUUCACUUCUGGUUUUCUGAAAUGCAUACAAGGUUGUGCUAGAGGUCAAUGAACCCUACAUGUACAGGACUAUACAAAAGAGCCAAUUACAUUUCAGUGUGUUGUUUGCUACUCUCUCUUUCCCACAGUUACACAUUAAAAUGAGGUUAAAAUCAAUGCAGUCGAGUUUCAUCUGGAGUGCUUCAAGUGCCUUCACUGUAAAUCAUUUGUUUAAAUGAUAACAUCACCUCAACGUGAUAAAUUACACACAGCAUAUUGUUUAGAAUGUGUGGUUGCCAGCACAGAAUGAGGACAUUUUGGAGUUCUUAGUGAGGCAAAAAUUACUCAUUUGUAGUGUUUUUAUGUGUUUUUUCUUUAGAACAACAAAUACUUGAGUAGGAGUUACAGGGGCUGCCAUUCAAUCAUGAGCACAGCCAACCCUAAUGAUAUGCAAACUUAC